UGUCUUUCUUUUUUUUUUACACAUUUUAUUCCGACUAUUGCUUAAUCAUUUAUGUUUACUUUCAUUUUUCAUUACAGGUGCUCGGCAUUAUUUGCAUGGCCUGUGGAUCACCCGCCUACAUCGCUGCCACGUCAUUCUUCCUAUUCGUGGUUGUAAUCUCGUUCAUUGCGACAAUUUUAUGGAUUUUCGCUUAUCUUUUGGGUAUACGUGAAGCUUUGAAUGUUGCCGUCAAUUGGAUAUUCACAGAAUUACUCAACACUGCGAUAUGCGCGCUCCUGUAUUUCAUUGCCUUCGUAGUGCAAUUGGCCAAAUGGUCUGGUUAUCCGAGUACAUGGGCUUAUGGUUCGAAUAUUGCGGCCGGAGUUUUUGGUUGUUUCAACUUUUUGGCCUACGCUGCUGGCGCAUAUUUUCUGUAUUUGACGCAUAAGAGCGGCGCAAAUUAUUAGACGAGUCAAAAGAGUGAAAUUAAAACAAAAAAACAAGAGCAACAUCAAAGAAAAAAAAAAAUAACUAUGCAUACAGAUAUUUUUUCAAAAAAAUGUGCAAAACAAAAGAAACUAGUAGCUCACCUCAUAAACUUAUGCCACCAUACCACCAAAAGCACUGAGCACAGUCCAUACAUAAAACAGCAACAACAAUUAGAGGCAUAUUUACAACAAUGCGACAACACUUACAAAUGCCGUUUUGUGUUUGUUUUUGUGUAAAUGAAACUCACUGUUGUAGUCAAAAUGUAAAAAAAAAAUGAAAACAAAAAAAAAUUAGCUUUUAACAUUUUUAUUGGUAGUGUACUUCAAUUCGAUGUUCAGUGAAAAUUUAAUAUUAGCAACGCAAAAUAAAAAAAAAAUACUUUACAAUUUGUAGUCUUAAAUGUAAAUUACAUAAAUUUUUUUUAAUAUUUAUUAACUACGCUGCCUUGUGUAAACUUACCGCAUUCUUUGUAUG